AUUGGAAUUGUUAUUUUUUGUUGUAGAAUCGUUCACAGUUUAUAAAAACUUUCUUAUAAUAUUAAAAUUAAAAAUUAUUAUAUAGAAAGAAGAGUAUUUAUUAGGACAUAAUGCAUUUUCAAGGCCACACAAAUCAAGUAUACCAAAACAUGGAAGAGAAUGAUGACUCUCGUUCAAAUCACUAUGACCAAAAUGCAUAUGAUAGUGAAGAGGAUACUGACGAUGCGAGUGAAACGGAAUUUCGAAACAACAGUCGUAGCAGUAACGCUACAAACACAACAAACGGUGGCAGCAAUCACGAAUUGAAAGAACAAGUAUAUCAACACAAAUUAGCCAUAUUGAAUAAACAGCUGGAAGAACUAAAACAUCUCGCACAUCCCGACUAUGUAAAGCGGGUAAAAAAGCUUGAAUAUCAGUACAAAGAACGCUUAAGACUGAAUGAAAUCCAUAAAGAAUAUCUCAAAGAGUGCGUUGAAAAAGACUAUCAAGCAGAACGUCGAGCAGCGCAAAAGGAGUAUGAAGAGAAAAAGAUUGAUUUGAAGGAAAACAUAUUAGCAGAUUUGGAAGAGCGGAAGAAACUCAUAGAGAAUGAGCGAUAUAAUUUGGAGCUAACGAAUGACUCAACGGAAGUUAAACCGACCGUAACACGCAAAUUGCGCAGACGUCCAAAUGAACCAGUACCGGUGGUUGAAAAACGUCGAAAGCCUACGACGGGUCAAUUACUUGUAUACUUGUUGGACGAUAAAGAAAUUGAUAGUGAUAUGAAAACGAUACAGAGAGCAACACAGCAAAAUGGUGUCGGAAACGUACCCUUCAGUAAUUUGCAGCAAGGAGGUUUACUCUCCGAAACUACAAAUGCAAAUGCCGGCACCAAUAUUGAGACUCGUAUUGAAGAUGGCAAACUGCUUUAUCAAAGAAGAUGGUUCCAUAGAGGUCAACAAGUAUAUGUGGAGGGGAAGGAUUUGGCGAAAUUUGCAGCAACAAUAACCGCCAUAGGAAAUGAAGUGGUGUGGGUCAAAAAGACUAACGACAGUAAAGUCAAAAUAAAUAUGUCUCAUCUGGCUAAAGGCAAAGUUACAAUUAAGCGACGCGCCAACUGAUCCAA